UUGCUUAGCGACGUCGAGUGGCGUUUCUGAGCCAAGAGAUCCUCUUGUUAAAUCGAGACGUAAUGUAACACUGACAUCUUCCUCCAGCGACCGACCAAUGAUGCCAACAGGUGUUUUGUUUUUAUUCGUGGCGGAUAUGUGCACGUAUGUUAUUUUAUCAGCAUUUUGGUCAAUUGUUUUUAGAGUGAUCGCGCGCUCAAGUUCUGGAUAGGAGCAGAUGGCAAACUCUCAUAAUCUGCUUUGCUCAGAGUGGCCACGCGCUCCUUGAAUGCAUCAUGCGCCGAGGACUUUGACGGGCCCAAAUCCUAGCUAUCAUGUGAAGGCUUUGGCCUCCUCUUUGACAUUGUGCCAUUAAGCUGCGCUGCCUUACUCAAGGCACUGGACUGUAAAAAUGUCACCACCGGCAUGACCAUCAUUACUUAUUUAAGAUCACUACAUCAGGAGGUAACAUCGCCACCAGCAACGAAUUGGCUCCUUGGGCACAAAGGUGCUAUGUUAUUACUGUACACCCUAGGCUUUUAUGCCUCCCUUGGCCUGGCUGCCCCCCAGGGCAACUUCCCCAGGCUCGAGAACAUAGGGGCAUAUAAAUCUGUCAGCACCAUGCCGACGAGGGCCACAUGUGGAAUUCCUGAGAGAAGUACUUUCUGUCAAGCCGGCCAGGUUCAGGAGGAUCUCCACACCUGUAUCCAGAAGUUCUGCAUCCAGGAGUGUCCGUAUAGCUCCUCUACGCUAGACUACACUGACAUCCUCGCCACAAGCAUGGGCAUGUGCUGGAAGGGUGAUGCAUGGGACCACCGUCCAGGCGCGGAGGUCGAUUCCACCAGCUUCAUCUUUCCGACCUCAAGAGGUUGUCCGGCUUCCCCGUCGACUCUAAGCUUCGGCCUAGCGAGCUCCUUUACUCUAACGGUGUGGCUGAAACUCGAGCAAGACACUGUAAUGACUUUAAUGGAAAAGAGCGCUGUGGGCAGACUGGUGCUGCUGGUGACCGUCUCCAAGGAUGAUAUUCAGAUCCACUACGGCAUUCACAGCAAACAAAACUUCUCCAUAAGCAUGAAGACUGCAGGUCAUAUUAGCAUAGGCCACUGGACACACAUGGCUCUACAGAUACAUGACACAAGUGUGAGCUUGUUCCUGAAUGGUCAAGAGGAUGAUGGCACAGCUUUGGACACACAAACCUUGGCAGGAUCAGUAGAUGACAUCACCUCAGAGGGGGCUCUGUGGAUCGGUACAAGUUCUAACGGGUCAAAUCAAUUAAUUGGAAGGAUGCAGGAUUUUAGAUUUUAUCCAAAGACGUUAACCAACAGAGAGAUUGAAGAGGUUUACACUGGACAAUUUCCUCACCUACACACCCAGUCAACAUGCCGCUGCCCUGCCAGCCACCCCAAAGUGCACCCCCUAGUGGAGAGGUACUGCAUCCCCAACGCAGCCAAUGAUACCACCCAUAACAAAGUUCUCCGUCUGAACCAGGAUGCCCACCCCCUGCAUUACAUCAACGACAAUGACAUUGGAACCACCUGGAUCUCCUCCAUCUUUCCCACUUUAGAGCUGCUGGACAAAGGAAUAACGAUCAGUAUAGACCUGGAGAAUGGACAGUACCAGGUUUUCUACGUGAUACUCCAGUUCCUCAAUGCUCAGCCUGAAGCAGUCCACAUUCAAAGGAAGACAACUGAGAGCUCAGCAUGGAAGGACUGGCAGUUCUUGGCCAAGAACUGCAGCUAUUUUGGAAUGGAGGAUAACGGGCCUUUGGAACGUCCUGAUUCUGUAAACUGUCUACAGUUGCCCAGCAACAUACCUUUCUCCCGCGGAAAUAUCACCUUUAGCAUGCUGACACCCGAGCCGAACCUGCGACCGGGCUACAAUGACUUCUACAACAGUGCCGCCCUGCAGGAAUUUGUAAGAGCCACGCAUGUGAGAAUCCACCUCCACGCCCAGUACCACACCCAAGAUCCCGCGGUUCCUUUCCGUCAUCGCUACUACGCCGUGGACGAGAUCACCAUCAGUGGCAGGUGUGAGUGCCAUGGCCAUGCAGACAGCUGUGACACUAGUGUGAGUCCGUACCGGUGCGCCUGCCUUCCAGAGAGCCACACACAUGGAGCUAAUUGCGAGAGCUGCUCUCCUCUCUUCAAUGACAAGCCAUUCAGAGCUGGAGAUCAGGUACAGGCGUACAACUGCCGCCCAUGCCAGUGCUACGGCCACACCUCUUCCUGCCACUACAAUGCCAGCCUGGAUCCUCACCCUGAAGAUCACUUUAGAGGAGGAGGAGGGGUGUGUGAUAACUGUACACAUCACACCACAGGCAGGAACUGUGAGCGGUGUCGGAGUCUGUUCUACAGGGAAGUGGGUGCACUCCUGUGGGCCAAGGACGUGUGCAAACCGUGUGAGUGCCACAGCACUGGGACCGUCAAUGGCAGUUUAGAAUGUGAAGCGAUCGGGGGGCAGUGUAAGUGCAAGCGACAUGUGUCUGGCAGACAGUGCAAUCAGUGCCAACACGGAUUCUACAAGCUGCAGUCGGCACUGGCUGACGGCUGCCACGCCUGUAACUGCAAUACCGCCGGGACCGUGCAGCCAGAUAUUACCUGUCACCAGGACUCAGGUCAAUGCCAGUGUAAGGCAAACGUAAUCGGUCUAACCUGUGACCGUUGUAACUACGGCUUCAAAUUCCUCAAUCGCACAGAUCCUGAUGGCUGCAUUCCCUGUGGUUGCGACCCAUGGGGUUCUCUACACCAGUUCUGCAAUCCUUUCACUGGCCAGUGCGAGUGCAAAGAUGGCGUACGAGGCCUCCUCUGUGACACCUGCAUCCCUCACUUCUACAGUCUGAAUGGCAGUGGAGUCUGCCUGCCCUGUGACUGCAGUCCAAACGGAUCUGUUCCCGGUACCUCCUGUGAUGCGGUGACCGGACAGUGUAGGUGCAAACCUCACACAGAGGGCCGGCGGUGUGACGUGUGCCGGGAUGGAUACCACAGUCUGCACAGCAGCAACUCCUUGGGCUGUGUGCCUUGCCAGUGUGAGCUCAGAGGCACGGUAAAUGGUUCAGAUGUGUGCGACAAGACCACAGGCCAAUGCAUGUGUAAAAACAACGUAGAGGGACUAAGUUGUAAUCGAUGCUCAUCUCACACCUACAACCUGAGUUCUGCCAACGCCACGCAUGGAUGUCAACCAUGUCACUGUGAUCACAUGGGCACCGUACCUGCAACCGUGUGCAACCCUGUUAGUGGUCAAUGCAUCUGCUUGCCCACACGUUACGGUCAAGACUGUGGAACCUGUAAACCAGGUUUCUUCCUGUCUGAGGCGGGGUUCAGCGAGUGUGAAGUGUGUGAAUGUCACUCUGUUGGAGCGGUAGGGCAGGUGUGUGCUGCCCACUCAGGGCAGUGUGUGUGUGCUCACCCAUCACUGACCGGUCGCAGAUGCGACCAGUGCCAGGAUCUCUUCUUUGGCUUUAAUCCAAGUGUUGGCAGGUGUGAGCCUUGUGGAUGUGAUCCUGUCGGGGGAUUCAAUGGCACAUGCCACCCCCAGACGGGGCAGUGUCUGUGCAAGCCGUAUAUGACUGGAGAUAAAUGUGACAUCUGUGUGGAGGGAGCCAGUCACAUGGAUCCAAACAACUACUUGGGCUGCAGUAAAGAUCCCCAACAGCAGCCUCCUCCUCUCGGCCAGGUUCUAAACUCCACGGCUAUAGAGUUGAGCUGGAGAGCCCCUGACUCCCCCAACAGCAAUGAACUGAUGUACACACUGCUUCGAGAUUCAGAGAUCAUCCACAUCAGCCACAGCCAGCACCCAUUCGGAACUAUGCAUUACACAGAUGCUGAUUUGUCUCCUUACACGGCAUAUUCUUACCAGCUCAUCACUAGCAAUAUCCGUGCUAACACCAGCAGUACCACGGUCAGCUUACGCACACUGUCAGCUGUACCUGAGCAAGAGGAACUCCAAUUAACCCUUGUGGGUCGAGCCAAGCCCACCAGCGCCUCCUUUAACUGGACAGAGCAUUUGAACACCACUGGUCCAGUGGACAGCUAUACCCUGAGCUCGAUACAGGAUCUGACCGGAGAAGAGAGGAUCCACUACACAGGACUUCAAACAGAGGCUACCGCUGAGGAGCUGCAACCCUUCACUGGAUACAACUUCAGUCUGCAGGCUUGCACUAACGGAGGCUGCGCUCGCAGCGAGAGUCUGAUCAUACUUACCGCUCAGAUACCUCCUCAGCAGCAGCCUGCACCCACAAUCACAACCAUAGGGUCCUCUCAACUCCAAGUGGACUGGGAACCGCCAGUGUUACCUAAUGGCAUAAUUAUCAGGUAUGAGCUUUUUAUGCAGCUGCAGAAUGAGUCGCAGAGAAACGCCACCAGUUACGGUCCAGAGCAAAGGGUUUUUCUCAGUAGUGGCUGGCAGAACGCGCGGCAGUCGUUGAGCUCGGCCAAUGAGAAUGCUCUAACCCCGCCUGAGAGCAGUACGGUUGUGUCCAAUCUAGAAUCCUUUUCCACCUACCGCUUCAGAGUGCUCACAGUUAACAUGGCUGGCAGUACCCUGUCAGAGUGGGCCACGGGGCGAACUGCAGAAGGAGUGCCCGAGUACAUGCCCCCUCCUCAUGUGUCCCCUGUGUCCUCGUCCUCACUCCAAGUGAGCUGGGAAAUGCCACAGGACAAAGACGUCAGGGGCGAAGUGACUGAGUACAGAGUCAACCUUCACCAAGAACAAAUGUCCAACCCAUACGCUCCACCUAUAGUAACACAGGUGCUGUACAGUGGAUCAGCACAGGAGCGGAGUUACACGGCAGGAGGACUGAAGGCCUAUGUGGAGUACAGUUUUACUGUAACUGUGUGCAACAGACAGGGCUGCGUGAGCAGUCCACCUGCAUCAAGCCGAACUCUGCCUUCCGCCCCGGCAGGUCAAAGCGCCCCUACAUUAAGACCGCUGAAUAUGACUGUGAUGAAGGUUUCCUGGGAUGCCCCGGCCGAGCUCAAUGGGCCUCCACCUCUGUACCAUGUGGAGCGGACGGAUGUGUCUUUGUCUGACACCCAGGGUCAGGUUAUAAGGGGGAGACGCUUCACAGGGAGUGGCUACUUCAGAUUUCCCAGCUCCACUUUGCCUGUCAACACUGACUUCACAGGCCUGCAGCUGAGUUUCCGGACACACGUCGAGGAGGGACUAUUGCUGUUUGCGGUUUCCCCUGGGGAACAGGAGGAGUAUGUCGCUCUGCAAAUACACAACGGCCGUCCAUACUUCCUCUUUGACCCUCAGGCCUCAGCCGUGGCCCUCAGCCCUAGCAACGAUGGAGGUAGACGCUAUAAUGACAACCAGUGGCACCAUCUGAUCGCUACCAGGAAACAGGCUGUGGGAACAAUCAUUGUCGACAAUCAGUACAGCGGAUCAGCAUCAGCCACAAGUGGGAACACCAUCAUUGGUCAGAACACGGGUGUCUUCAUAGGAGGGAUUCCAGAGAAUUUCACCAUUCUUAGACAAGACACUGGUCAAGCCAAGCUGGUGCAGCAGGGGUUUGCUGGGUGUUUGAGAGAUGUGAUGGUGCAGAAAUCCAGUGGCACUACUUAUGCAUGGGAGCCUCUGGACUGGGACUCAGCACUUGAAAAACAUGAGACCUAUGAAAGCUGGGAGGGCUGUCCUGCUGUCUCUGAAGAUGGGGCGUACUUCCUAGGACAUGGGUUUCUGAAGGUCAAGCCUGAAAUAUUCGCUGGAGGAGAUUAUUUUGAAAUAUCAUUUGAGUUCAAAACUGAUCAGCUAAAUGCAAUGCUGUUGUUCGCUUACGAUAUAGAUGGGAAAGAUUUCAUUUUGGCGGAGCUGCAGGGUGGAGUUCUCUUCUGGGUGUUGCGUUGGGGUGAACAGAUGGCAGAGUUGAGCGUAUGGGUGGGCCUGUCCUAUUGUGAUGGGGGCUGGAACACUUUAAAUGUGCUGAAGAGGGGCCCGUUAGCGAGUGCUGGCCUCAAUGGCAUAUAUGAACAGGACAGGAAGGGCAUAGGUGGCCCUCUGACCAUCAGCUCUCCACUCUAUCUAGGGGGAGUCCCACCUGGAGUGAAGCACCCAGCCCUGAACAAACACAGUUUUCUGCACGGUUUUGGCGGCUGCAUCAGGGAUGUUAGAUUCGCGCGUGGGCCUGUCGUAAGCUUGGCGGCCGUGUCCAGCAGUGCUGUCAGAGUCAAUCUGGAUGGAUGCCUGUCAGCUGACACAAGCGUUAACUGCAGGGGAAACGACUCCAUUCUGGUGUACACGGGCAGAGACAGGAGCGCAGAGGACCUGACUCUGCAGCCCUUCACGGAGUAUUUGUACAGAGUGAUGGCAUCAGGAGAAGGAGGUUGGACAGCCGGGCCAUGGCAGCGGGGGCGCAGCGGAGAGACAGUUCCACAAAGUGUGCUGCCUCCCUCCAGAGUUGGGAGUGUAAAUGGUUCCAGCGUGGAGGUGAGCUGGGAGGAGCCGGCGGAGGUCAGAGGUGUAAUUGAGAAGUACGUACUGAAAGCAUACAGCCAGGACCAUACCUCCUCACCCCCCAUCAGCGCCACCUUCCCCCACUCUCAGCACCUGACAGGCACUUUAAGUGGCUUGGCUCCUUUUAGCAGCUACAGUAUUACCCUAACGGCGUGCACUCAGGCCGGGUGCACCGAGAGCCCGUUCGCCAUCGGCUUCAGCACUCCACAAGAGGCUCCGGAGGAGGUUCCUUUACCUGCUGCAAUCUCUUACCCUAACUCUCUGUCUGUCCACUGGGAUCCUCCACUUAAACCCAAUGGCAUCAUCACCCAAUAUAUCCUCUACAAAGACAAUACUUUUGUGUACCAAGGCAACUUGACCAGCUUCAAUAUCACAGGUGUUGGUGUAUUCACUCCUCAUAAGUUGAUGUUGAGUGCUUGUACUGAGGCAGGAUGCACCAACAGUUCCCAGGUUACCCUGUUCACAGGUCAGUUGCCCCCCACGCAUGUAGAGCCAACCAUCCUGACCGUACUGGAUGCACGCAGUAUCCACAUACAGUGGGCUGCUCCAAUGGAGGUGAACGGCCUGCUGGAGUUCUAUACGCUGUACCAGUCUGCCUUAGGAGAAGAGCCGGUCGUCGUCUAUAACAGCUCUGAGCUUUUUGAGGAUUAUACAGUGCGGAACCUCAUCCCUGGAUCAAGCUACCUGUUUCAGAUAGCAGCUUGCACGGGAGGUGGAUGCACCCUCAGUAACCCCAGCGUUGCCCACACUGAAGAGAGUUCACCAGAGGAAGUGCCUGCCCCCAACAUCCUGUCACUCUCCCCAUAUUCCCUCAAUGUGUCCUGGACCCCCCCUCGCAAGCCCAACGGUGUGAUUAGCAGCUAUGGUCUUUGGAUGGAUGGCACGCUGGUGCAGAAUUCGUCUCUUAUGGGUUUCGAGGUCGGUGAUCUGUCCCCAUGGAGCCUCCACAGCUUCCGUGUGCAGGCCUGCACGGCUCAGGGCUGCGCUCUGGGGCCCCUGGUGGAAGGCAGGACUUUAGAGAUGCCUCCCGCUGGUCACAUGACCCUGGAUGUCCUCAGUGAGACUCCACAUUCAGUGCGAGCCAAGUGGGAGGCCCCAGCUAAACCCAACGGAAAUCUGACCUACACAGUCCUCUUCACCGGGCCAGGUAAAUCAAACUUAACUGCUCCCUUCACACCUCCACAUCCUCCCUCAGUUCCUUCAAGUAAACGCAACAUUGCUUCCCUGCAUGCUGCCUCUGCUCCUUCUCCAGAUGGCCUCAUGCCCCCCAGGCUGGCAGCUGUAACCCCCACCUCGCUGCAGGUGGCCUGGGCUGCUCCAGCCCGUCACAACGCUCCAGGACCUUUGCGCUACCGGCUCCAGAUGAGGACUUCAGCUUCCCCACAAGUUCACCAGUUAAUGGACGAUGAGACGACUGUAUUUAGUCACAUGGUUAAGGACCUUGAACCCUUUACCGAGUAUCACUUCAGACUGCUGGUGUCCAACAACCAUGGAGAAACCAGCAGCCCAUGGGUCUCUUUUUUUACUGCACAAGACAGGCCUGGAUCUGUUGACCCUCCUGUACUCUCUGACAUCCAACCCAGAAGUGCUUCUGUCUCCUGGUCUCCUCCGUCCCAGCCCAACGGCAUCAUCACCCAUUAUAACAUCUACCAAAACCACCAGUUAAGUGUCUUUGUGCCAGGAAACAGCACCAGCCACACUCUUUCUCAACUUGCACCCUAUCAGCAGUAUACCAUUGAGGUGGAGGCCUGCACAGCAGCCGGCUGCACUCUUUCCUCUCAGUCCCACACCAUACGCACCCCUCCAGCCCCCCCAGAGGACGUCCCAGCCCCGCAGCUUUACUCGGACACCCCCACAUCAGUGCUCUUGUCCUGGGCCCCACCACGUCAUGCCAACGGUGAACUGGACGGCUACACCAUUGAGAGGAGAGUCACUGCCACACAACAGAUUUCUACUGUGGCCACACUGCAGCCCAACCAGACAUUCACUUACCUAGACAGCUCUGCUACACUCAGCCCCUGGACCAAUUAUGAGUACCGCAUUGUGGCUCACACAAGGCUGGGUGGAUCCAAUAGCAGUGAGUGGGAGAAAGUGACCACUAGACCAUCAAGACCUGCAGGACUGCAGUCGCCUCAAGUGCUGGUUUUGGGACCAGAGUCAGUACAGGUUACAUGGUCCGCUCCACUCAUACCCAGUGGAGAAGUUGAGCGGUAUGAGAUCCGCAUGCCUGAUCCACGCAUCUCACACACCAAUACGUCCAUGCUCAACCGUACUGUUACCAACCUGCUGCCCUACACCAACUACAGCAUCACCGUCCUUGCCUGCUCAGGAGGUGGAGGCCAUGUCGGAGGCUGCACUGAGAGCUCCGCAACGCUGGUUACUACAUUACCCACAAUCCCAGAAGGUCUGCCAUCCCUGUCAGUAGUAGCCAUCAGUGAAUCUUUCCUGGCUGUUUCAUGGCAACUCCCAUCAAGGCCGAAUGGGCCCAACAUAAGAUUUGAGCUGUUGAGACGGAAAACCCAGCAGCCCCUGGCCUCCCGUCCCCCCGAAGAUUUGAAUCUGUGGUACAAUGUUUACGCAGGAACCAAAUUGUUUCAUGAAGAUAAAGGCCUUAGCAGGUACACAUGGUACGAAUACAAACUUCUGGUUCACAAUGAUGUUGGCUACGCUUCAGGGGAGGUUGCCACAGGGGUCACACUGGCUGGGCAACCCCUCACCCCCACCAGCAUAUCUGUCCAAGUUCUCAAUCAUACAGCGAUCCUGGUCAACUGGUCCACCCCCACUCUGCAAGAUUUGCAGGGAAGUGUGGAGGACUACAUCCUUAUGGUUCUGUCCACCCAGCACAGGCAGACUCUUGCACUUGACCCCGCUGCGACCUCUGUGGUCAUCUCUGACCUGCAGCCCAGCACAGAGUACAAGCUCUCCUUGACUGUAUCCAACGGUGCUCACAACAUUACCAGUCCUGAGGUCAGCUGCACUACUACAGAUGGAGAACCUGAAGGAGUCUUUCCUCCAGAGGUGGUGGUCCUAAAUAGCACAGCAGUGAGGGUGCUAUGGACAGCUCCUCUUGUUCCAAAUGGUGUAGUCACAAAGUACUCCAUCUAUCUUGAUGGCCAUCUCUAUGAGUCUACUAGCAAUGGAACUGGAUCACUGGAAGUGGGAGGACUUUUGCCGUUCACUGUCCACAGUAUUCAGGUGGAGGUGUGUACCGUGUAUGCGUGUGUGGAGAGUAACAGCACUCAGAUGACCACGGUGGAGGACACACCGACUGAAAUCGCCAAACCUCAGAUUCAGGUGCUUAGCUCAAGAUCAGUUAAACUAGAAUGGACAUCACCUGGUAAGCCCAAUGGCAUUCUGGGAGGAUAUGACGUGUGGCGGAGCACCCUGCAGCGGUGCGAGGAGCUGCAGACCCAGCAGGCGUUUGCUCCUCAGGCUCACUGCUCGUACCUGGAGUGCCUUGCAGAACAAGACUUCUGCGGCAAGACCUGUUAUAAGCCUGAGACACAGGUAUGCUGUGCAGGGACUGUUCACAGCGUAAAUCAGUCUCAUCAGUGUUGUGAAGAGCGUUAUGUUCCAGCUUUAGAGGAUUCUGGGAGUGUGUGUUGUGGAGGUCAGUUUUUCCAGCCUAUGCCUCAACACCAGUGCUGUGGAGGAUAUUACAUACUAGUUCCACCAGGAGAGGUCUGUUGUCCGGACUCUGUGGAACGGCGUGUAUCUGUUGGUCUCGGGGACUCGUGUUGUGGUGGGAGUCCUUUCAUGUCUGGAGCCAGACAGAUCUGCUGUGGGGGGCAUCUUUAUGAUGGCUUCAGCUCCCAGUGCUGUGGAGGACAGCUAGUCCCAAGAGAGAUGGUGUGCUGUGGGGAUGCUCACCAGGGGACGCCCUAUAAACAUGUAUCAGGCUUCUUCUGCUGUGGAGAGCACUACAUCAACACAUCUACUUCCUGGUGCUGCACGGGUCCCGGCGGAGAGUCUAAAGUCCAUGUGGUGGAGAACAGGAUGGCGUCGCUGAAGUGCUGCUGGUCAGAGGUGAUUGAUCAGGAGGAAGAGUGUUGUAAUGGAGUGGGCUUCAAUCCGCUCACAUCUGUGUGUGCUGACAGAGCCCCGGCCAGCAUCCUCAUCCUGGAGAAAUGCCGCCCCAGUACAGUGUGUCCUGUGUCGGUGGCCGCAGGAGCGUACUGUGGCUUGUGUGAUUUUAGCCCGGUACAGUCCAUCUGUACAUGGGUACCAGGUGAGCCGGUCUCUACGCACGUUUCAUCUCCCUCUGCUGCCGCCCACAGCCAGCUCUGCCCAUCCUCAGAGGAGCUGAUAUACAGUGGAAUGGCAAAACGAUGCAGUUUCACAGACACUGAACUGGACCCUUACACCAGUUAUGAGUAUAGGAUUGGUGCCUGGAACAGCUUUGGCCGUGGGUUCAGUCCCUCCUCUCGUGUCACUACUAAAGAAGAUGCGCCCUGGAUUGUGUCUCCUCCUCACUGGAGCCAUGUGGGUCUGCGUGAUGACAUCAUCCAGCUUGAAUGGUCAGCCCCUAACAAGCCAAAUGGUGAGAUAAGUCACUAUGUGAUCCUGCGUGAUGGACAGGAGCGCUACCGUGGCACUGAUCAUAGCUUCACUGAUGCAGGAGGAAUCCGACCUUUUCAGGAGUAUGUGUACCAGCUCAGAGCCUGUACUGCUGCCGGCUGCACAGACAGCUCAAAAGUUGUGGCAUUGACUGUCCAGGGGGAGCCAGAGGGAAUUGCUGCUCCGGUGGUGAGCGUGCUGGGGCCCAGGGCCCUAAGGAUCAGCUGGGUAGUUCCGGCCAAACCGAACGGUAUCAUCCGAGAGUACCGCAUCAAUCAGAGCACUGUUGGAGUCAUCCACACACAUACAGAAGGGGAGAUGGCUUAUAAUGUCGCAGGUCUGGAGCCUCACACCAACUACAGCUUCAUUGUUGUUGCAUGCACUACAGCUGGUUGCGGAGCAAGUCAGCCAUCUAUGGGCCGCACGCUGGAAGAUGCACCAGCAGAUGUGUGGACAGUGCCCAGGCAUAUACAGGUGAACUCCUCAGCAGUGGAGCUUCACUGGAGCCAACCUCUCAAACCCAAUGGCCUACUCUCUCAGUAUCGGCUGCUGCGUGACAGAGUGGUCGUCUUCACCGGUGACGGAGGAAAGAUGAGCUACAUAGACACUGGCCUUCAGCCCAACACCAGAUAUGUGUACGAGUUGGAGGCCAACACCAGCGGCGGGAGCAGUCUCAGUGAUAGAUAUGUCAUUCAGACCCCCAUCUCCUCCCCGGAAAGGAUUCCUCCUCCGUAUAAUGUCAGCCUCCGUGGCCCUCGCUCCAUCUUUGUUGCCUGGUCACCCCCAGGUGUGUAUAAUUCAAGUGGCCCUUUGGAAUAUAACGUCCUGCUCAAUGCAGGCACUGAGCGGCCCCUCAUCCGCCCUGCUGGACCAGAGCACUUCCUGUUACUGCAAGGACUAGACCCCUACACCGUCUACCACAUUCAAGUACAGGCCUGUCAGCCAGAUGGUUGUGGUGUAGGACAGGGGGUGUCUGUUCGGACCCCUGAGGCUGUUCCGUUAGCUCAGGACCCUCCAGUUCUCACAGCUGCAGGUGCGACUGUUAUCGAGGUCCGCUGGAGUCCGCCAAACAAACCCAACGGCCUCAUCACUAGCUACUUCAUAUACAGACGACCAACUGGAACUCAAGAGGAGCUGCUGGUGUUCAUCUGGACCGAAGGUCCCCUAGAGUUCACCGAUGCCUCAGAUUCCCUUCUACCGUUCAGUGAAUAUGAAUACAGAGUCACUGCCGACAACUCUAAAGGCUCUGCCUUCAGCUCCUGGACCUCUGUCCGAACUCUAGAGGCAGAACCGCAGGGAAUGGAUGCGCCCUCGGCCCGCCCUGCCAGUGCCUACUCUCUUCUGCUGAGCUGGACCCAGCCUAGCAUGCCAAACGGAGGGAUCUCCAAGUACAGAGUGGUGUACCAGAAACUACUCAACGAUCCUACGUUCAACUCCACAACUGUUACUGCUCUUACAGUUCUGGGUAACAUUUUUCAGGCUCAUGUCUUUGGGUUGGAGCCAUACACCACAUAUAAUGUGCAUGUAGAAGCAGUUAAUGGAGCAGGUCAGGUGCCUAGUCCUUGGACCACCGUUCAGACCCUUGAAGCCUCUCCAAGUGGCCUGGCUAACUUCAGCGUGGAGAAGAGAGAACAUGGCCGAGCGCUGCUUCUACAGUGGGCUGAACCAGCCUCUCCAAAUGGAGUCAUCAAAAUGUACAAUAUCUUCAAUGAGGAAAACUUGGAGUUCAGCGGGCUUGCACGUCAAUUCCUGUUCCGCCGUCUGGAACCCUACACUGUGUACACGCUCGUUCUCGAAGCUUGCACCGAAGCGGGCUGUACAAGGACUGCACCUCAACGCGUAACCACCGAGGAGGCCGCCCCGUCCUCUCAACCGGCUCCUACGGUACAGCAGGUUCAAUCCCGCAGCGUGGAGCUCCGCUGGUAUCCACCCACCCACCCCAAUGGCAGGAUCCUGCAGUACCAGGUUCUGGCUGUAAGUCUAGAGGAUGGCAGGGUACGGAGUGAUGAAGAUGACUCAAUGAGAGCCAAGAUUGUGUUCAUCCAGAACAACACCCAAGCUAACAGCUUCUCCUAUAAUAUGUCUGGACUUUUGCCCUGGAGCAGGUACAAGUUUCGAGUGCGCGUAUCAAACGCGGCAGGAUAUACCAAUAGCCCGUGGCUCACAGUUCAAACCACACAAGCUCCUCCUAGAGGAUUGGCUCCUCCAGCUGUCAGUCAUGUAGAGGGCAAGCCUAAUGAAGUCUUCGUAGCUUGGACGCCUCCUUUGGAGCCCAAUGGUGUUCUUCUUACUUACAGGAUUCAGAGAGACAGCGUUGGCUUCCAUUUCAGCUUUGACUCAAGUGUGCUCAACUACACUGAUGUGGAUUUAACUCCAUACACUCUCUAUAGUUACGCAGUCAUUGCCUGCACCGUUGCUGGGUGUGUUACCAGUGAGCCGACGCAGAUCAGGACAUUAGAAGCCGCCCCUGCCAACGUAAAGCCGCCUACGGUGUCUGAUGUCACUUCCUAUUCACUCAAUGUGUCAUGGUCUGUUCCAUCCAUCCAGAAUGGUGAGACUGUGGUGUAUAUUCUCAAAAUUGAAGAUGAGGAGGUCUACCGAGGUAAACGGUUAAGUGCACAGGUUUUGGAUCUACAGCCACAUGUUUCCUACAUCCUCAUCUUGAUGGCUUGCACCAAUGGUGGCUGCACUGCCAGUUCGCCCACUUCAGUCCUGACAAGAGAAGCACCACCUUCAGGGAUGCCUGCCCCAUCUCUAAAAGUCACAGGCCCUGAAUCGGUUGAGGUCACGUGGAGAGAGCCCAUCCAGCCCAAUGGAGUAAUCAUAGGAUACGAGCUCCGUCGAAACGGGAGCCUCAUUUACACUGGCAUGGACACCCGUUACCAUGACUUCACCUUACUUUCAAGCGUCGCGUACAGCUACACCAUCACUGCCAAUAACAGUCAAGGAGCCACUACCAGUCUGCCAACUGUGGCCAGGACGCAGUCUUCAGCGCCCUCUGGUGUGGCUCCCCCCAGACUGCAGGCUCUGGGGCCAUUCAGCAUUAUGGUGCAGUGGGACACCCCUGCACGACCUAACGGGGUCAUCAUCAGCUACUCGCUUUACAAACGGGACCCAGCUGAGCCCGACGUGAAACGCUUCAUUUUCGCUUCACACCACAGUGCGUUUCAGAGCCAGAGCUUCUCCCUUACUGCACUAAAGGCCUACUACAGGUAUGAGGUAAGAGUGGAGGCCUGCACCCUGUUAGGCUGCGCUGCUAGUGACUGGUCUUCAAUACAGACGCUUGAGUCGCCUCCUGCUGGACAACCUGCCCCGCUGCUGGAGCUGCAAACUAACCCUAAGGGCAUACAGACAGUCUUUCUGCUGUCCUGGUCUCCUCCAGCUGAGCCAAAUGGGAAACUUUUGCACUACGAGCUAUACCGAAAACACGCUUUAAACAAGGAAAGCCGAUCUGUAACUACACUGGUCUACCGCAACUCCUCAACAUCCUGCCAUGAUGACAAACUCCUGCCCUACACAUCCUACGAAUACCAGGUGUGGGCUGUAAACUCAGCAGGUCGUGCUGGUAGCCCCUGGGCUCAAGGUCGCACAGGUCCAGCUCCUCCAGCGGGGUUGAGCCCGCCUAAAUUCUUGCACAUCCACGCCACCUCAGCUGUGGUGGAUAUCAGCCCACCCACCAAGCCAAAUGGCGUUGUCAGCCUCUACAGAGUCUUUGCACAAAACAAAGACUCAUACCAGCUGCUGUCUGAGGGGACGUCCCACCAGCAAACUCUCCAUGGUCUUAGGCCCUUCACUGUGUAUUCUGUAGGUGUGGAGGCCUGCACCUGUUUCCUGUGCUGCAGCCGAGGUCCCUUAAGUGAGCUCCGCACUCAGGCCUCUGCCCCGGCCCAGCAGCCCCUGCCACAUCUAAUCGCCCUUACCUCCCGCUCAGCUCUGGUGGAGUGGGACAUGCCUCUUCAGCCCAAUGGCAUCAUUGAAAGCUGUGAGCUCCACGUCCGAUCAUCCUGUCCUCAGCCACUGCAGCCUGUCCCUGUAACCUGUGUCGUCGGCCCUGUGGAGAUCAAGUUCUUUGGAAUGGGACAGAGCUUCAACAUCACUGGCCUACUGCCCUAUGCCAACUAUGAGCUGUGUGUAGUGUCUUACAAUAACAUGGGCAGCACUGCGUCUGACUGGGUCUCAAUCACCACACUCAAUGAAUCUCCUCAAUAUAAAGAGCCAUUUGUGGUGCACAGUAACAUCACCACAGUAUUUGUGGACUGGAGCGGCUCUUUCUCUUUGAACGGGCCUCUGAGAGAAUACAGCCUAACCGAGAACAAUCUGCGCAUCUACAGCGGCUUCCACAGCUCUCUGCACAUCCCACGCACCUCUGAUAAAUCCUUUGCAUUUCAAGUUACCUGCACCACUGACAGCGGCAGUGCCAGCUCUCCUGUCAUUAAAUACAACACGGCCACUGGUAUAGAUGCCGUGGAGUCGAGUUCUGGAGGUAAAACAGGUUUGAAUGGGGCUGAAUACCAGUUCUAUUCAGAGUUGUGGUUCAUCAUUCUUAUGGCAUUCCUGGGGCUGCUGCUGUUGGCUCUGUUAAUGGGUCUGGUGCUGAGAAGAGCCCUAAGCAAGCCCCCCUUCAUCAGGGAGAGACCUCCAAUAGUGCCCCUUCAGAGGAGAAGUACCAAGUAUCCGCCUAAUGACACCUAUCUGAGACCUUCCUCUGAACUCUGCUCUAACCAUGCUUCUACUGCUCUGCUUCAGCCUGAUGCACCCAUGAGUUUGACUGACACUAAAAUCGGAGGCACCAGCAACCACAGCUAUCAGGCUAGCAUGUCUGUACUGCGUGUUCCCAGCCAGAGCCAGCUCAGCCAUGCCUAUUCCCAGAAUUCCUUGCAUCGGAGUGUUAGUCAGCUGAUCGACACGCAGGAUAAGAAAUCUCUGGGCGGUGGAGCAUGGGACGCUGACCUGCACGGCACUGACAGCGGCAUGUAUGUGGGGGAUGAGGAGUUUGGGGAGACGAUUAAAAGCUACAGCUCAGUGAAGAAGGAGCAAACCAUGUUUACAGACACUCACUUGUAAAGUGAUCAUAAACACACACACACACACACACAACUGUGGAAAACAUUCUUGGUAAUAUAGUUUUUCUCCAACCUAUUAUGUAGCUGAGUGAAUAUCAAAUUUACAACAAUAAAAUAAGACAGUGACAGUUAUAACUGAAUACCGUAUAUAUAUAUAAAAUAAUUGGUUUGGAGAUCAUCUUCAUUUGGUUUGUUUGACCAUGACAAAAUAUUGCAGUGGAAUUUAAUUAGAAAUUAGCUGUAUUUCAUAAUGCUGAAUUUCUUUUUUUUUAUUAGUCAGAGAUGUCAUUAGCAUAUUUAUAUGUUGCAGCUAAGUGUUGACUACCUCUGACAUCACCUUAUUGCUUCCGUUUUAAUCCUAGAAUGACUUAUUUAUUUACAUUACAUUCUGCUCAUACUUUCCUUUUAUUUAGUUUAAAAGAAAAGUCUGGUUGAAUAUCAUAUUUUCAAGGUAUCACCCAUUGUCUCUGCUUGCCUAUAUUCAUACUCACAAGCCUUGACCCAGAAGUGUCAGACAUGCACCCCUCGAUUUUUGAGCCAGGUGGAUUUUGAAUAUAAACUUCUAUUCUAUUUAAACAAAUAUAUAAUUAUCUUGCAGCAUUGCUUCAGUCCAUCGUCAU